AUGAUGGUUCCCGUGAUGAAGAAAGGCUACGGCGCGUUUGGCGGGGCCACUCUGGAGAAGUCGAAGCUCGACCUCUCCUACUCCACCGCCAAAACCGGCGCGCAGGUGGAUUUGGGAGGAGGCGGCGGCAACAUCGGGAAGGGAAUCGGGCACGGGGGCGGCGACGGCGGCGACGACGGGGGCGACGACGACGACUAUUUCGGCGAGGACGACGGCGACGACGGCGACGACGACGGGUUCAUCCGUCGCACGGUCGUCGGGGAGGUGUUCGACCGCGCGUCCAUUCAGGCGGUGUUGGAAGAGUGGUUUCGAACCAUGGCGGAUUUACCCGCUGGGAUUCGGCGAGCCGUAGAGCUGGGCGUGGUGAGCUCAGCGCAGGUGGCGCGGCUGAUGAGCAUUGACGCGCGACCCACCGUUGCGAGACUCAUCUCUCGAAUCGCCCCGCCUGACAUUUCCCGCGCCUUCAUUGGCAGAAUGAUGGCAGACCCAGCCUUCCUCUUCAAGCUUGCUCUCGAGCAAGCAGCCACCGUCGCCACUGCAGUGCGCUGGGAGGUGCAACAGCGGAUCGGGCAGCGAAACGGGCAGCAGAACGGGCAGGACAGAAAGUCGAAACUCAUCCGCGAAUGGCCGUUUGUCCUUACCAACGUUCUCACUCUCUCCCUCUGUAACCUGGCGCUAAUAUGGUGCCUCUUCCCCUCUCGGUCCUACGGCUCUACCGCCACUAGCGAGUGGCAGAUGGCGCUGCAAAAACUGCCCAAUAAUGUUUUCGAUCGCAGCUACGCGCUCCGGGAAUUCAAGCUGCCCGAGCGGGUGGGCAGUUUCUUCUUCAACGCUGCCCGGCUGAGCUUGAUUGGCUCAGCUGUGGGUGCUGCUGGUGGGGCAGCUUCAAAUGCUGUAUUAAAAGUGAUGCAAGGAAAAAAGAAAGCAGCAGCAGGGGCGUCACAAGAGGAAGGGGGGAUACCAUCUGGAUCUGGAGGGAGUGGGGAGGAGGAUCAGUAUCAGCCAUCUGUUGCAGUGCCAUCGCCGGCAAAAUCGGCUGUAGCAUUCGGUGCCUUCACAGGUCUCUCCGGAAGCCUUCGGUAUCAGCUUCUGUAUGGGGCGGACAGGGUGUUGCAGGAGCAUUUCACACACAUCCCUGUGGCCAUCCUCGGCACCACUGCCCUGAGGGUCGGCAACAUACUGCUGGGCGAGCCAUCACGGCUCUCCUGGCUCGGGCUGGACAGCGAAUCCGUGCAGCAGGCACAGGCAGAGCACCGAGCCUACCACCGACCCUUGCUCGCAGGCUCGGGGAAGAGUCUCGGCACCAGGCCCACAUUCUCAUCCCUGCUUCAGUUCCUUGGGUUUGAGGGCAGCAAGAGGAGAGUCAAAGGCACAGUGGGGGGGAUGAAGCGACGUGGUGUGAGGAAAGUGGCAGGGCGAGGCGAAGGGGAAGGAAGGGGUGGAGAGGGUGGAGGGGAGAAGGUGGGGGCUGAAAGGGUGGUCAAGAGGAAGGUGAAACGAAAGGUUGUGGUGGCACAAUAG